AUGAACACGUGUAGCAAGGAAGUGUUUCCAGCAGUGCAGCAGUUUGCACUGGCCUCGACCGUGCCGCCCAUGGAGUUUGGUACGACAUCUGUACAUGUUGCACUGGAGAAGGCACUGGCCAAGUUUAUUGGGAAAGAGUCGGCGAUUGUGUACAAUAUGGGCUACGCGACGAACGUCACGAGCAUUCCUGCUCUGACGGACAAAGGCACGCUUAUUCUUAGUGACGCACUGAACCACACUUCGAUUGUCAAUGGGGCACGGGCAUCAGGUGCCUCAGUGGGCGUGUUCAAGCACAAUGACCCUCAACACCUUGAGAAGGUACUUCGUGCGAAGAUUGUGGAAGGCCAGCCGCGAACACACCGUCCGUGGAAGAAGAUCAUUGUUAUGAUUGAGGGUAUAUACUCGAUGGAGGGAGAGAUUGUGCGUCUGCGCGAAAUGGUGGAUAUUACGAAGAAGUACAAGGCCUACAUCUAUGUGGACGAAGCCCACAGCAUCGGUGCACUGGGCAACACGGGUCGUGGUAUCUGUGAAUAUUCUGGAGUCGAUCCGAGCGAGAUUGACAUCUUGAUGGGUACGUUUUCCAAGAGCUUUGGCGCCAUGGGCGGCUACAUUGCGGCGUCAGAAGAGAUCAUUAGCUUCAUUCGCAACUCCAGUGCGGGUGCAGUCUACGCCACGAGUUUGUCUCCAGUGGUUGCUCAGCAGAUUCUGACAGCGUUGAACAUUAUUGCUGGGCUGGAUGGCACGGACAUUGGUCGCAAGAAACUCGACUCGUUGCGUGCGAACAGCAACUACUUUCGCCAGAAGUUGAUCGAUAUGGGCGUAAUUACGCUGGGUGACUUUAACUCGCCUGUGAUCCCGGUGAUGCUUUAUCACAUGUCGAAGGUGGGCGAGUUCUCUCGCGAGUGCCUGAAGCGCAACUUGGCUGUAGUGACGGUAGGCUUUCCGGCUACACCGCUGCUUCUAGCUCGCGUCCGUUUCUGCGUUUCUGCGGCCCACACGAGAGAGGAUAUUGACGCGGCUCUAGUAGCGUUGAAGGAGGUCUCGGACUUGUGCAAUAUCCGCUUUGAGAAGAAGGCAUAG